UCUUCGCCUGGGUUUCCUUUGGUGAGUUCUCUCCUUCCUCGGUUAUCGAUAUUAUUGUAGAUCUUCAAACCCUACUUCUGCACGCACCACAACUUUUGGUUCUUCUUCUUUCUAACGUUUGUAGAAUUGACAAGCCUAAAGAUACACUCAAAUGGCUGGUCCUAGGAUUGCCCAUGCUACCUUGAAAGGUCCAAGUGUGGUAAAGGAGAUAUUAAUUGGAAUAACACUCGGCAUUGCUGCUGGUAGUGUGUGGAAGAUGCACCACUGGAAUGAGCAGAGGAAAAUCAGGACCUUCUACGAUUUACUUGAAAAAGGUGAGAUCGGUGUUGUUGUGGAGGAACAGUAGAACUGUUCUUGCUUUGUUGCCUAUGCUCUUCAUAUAUAUAGGCUUUUUUCCCCUGCUAUAUUCAAUUGGCUCUUUAAAUGUAAAUGAGCCAACUAACUGAUGAGAUUGAAAAGAAUAAGUUUCUUGCACUGAUUGAGUACUAUGUCGCCUUGUAAAAUUUCAUACAGUUAUGCUUUAAUUUUAUGAUUGGAUUAUUCUC